UCUUGGCUCAACAUGGACCCCAACUGCUCCUGCAUCACUGGUGACUCCUGUGCCUGUGCUGGCUCCUGCAUGUACAAAGAGUGCAAAUGCACGUCCUGCAAGAAGGGCUGCUGCUCCUGCUGCCCCAUUGACUGGGCCAAGUGUGCCCAGGGCUGUGUCUGCAAAGAGGCAUUGGACAAGUGUAGCUGCUGCACCUGA